AUGAUUAAAAUCUCACAACUUACGAAUCAAGGAACUAUCAACUUUAACAAUAACAAAAUAACAAUUACUACAUUGACAAGUACUAAUAAUGAAAUAGAAAAAAAUAUUAGUUUAAACUUCAAUAAUGAUUUAAAAUUAAUAGAAAAUGACAUUGUACGAGUUAAACAAUUAACAGAAAAUUAUAAAAAUAGUUUGAAUGGAUGGAUACAAGAAGAAAGUACAGAACUUCAAAACCUUUGGGCUGAAAAGCGAAACCCUGGAUUAAAUCAGUAUUUAAAACAAUUAUCAGAAUGGACAAAUAAAACAGUUUCUAAUAUUAUUUAUGAUUCUAAUAUUAAUGAUAAUUUUAAUGAAGUGAUUAUUUCAAAAGGUAAAAACCUUAAUAAUUUAAUGUUUGUUAUUGAAACUGAUGGUGGAAAUAUAUUUGGAUCAUAUCAUACAAUAAUUCCACCAAAACCAAGUCAAUGGGUAAUAAGAGAUAAAAACCAUUUUGUAUUUUCUUUGUUAAAUCCAUACGGAACUAAACCAAUUAAAUUUACUCCUAUUAUUGAUGAAUGUUAUCCAUUAUGGGUUUAUAAAUCUACUCCUGGGUUAUUUUGUAUACAAUCUUUUUGUCAUAUUUCUACAAAUAAACACUGUUAUAUUAACUCUAGAGGAUGGAGUGGUAAAUCAUUUAAUGAAAUGUAUAAUGACACUGUUGGAAAAGAUGGAAAACUUUUUACUAAAAUUGUUUUUCCAUCUCAUUUUGGUUUAAAGAGAUUAGUUGUUUUAACAUGGAAAUAA